AUGUUAGGAGGUUUGACACAUACCCACAAACCGGAUAUUGAAAGUUCUGAAUCUAUUCUCAGUCGAUUCGGACCCACUCGCAUGGACGUGGCACUCGACUGUGGUGCUGGAAUUGGCCGAAUUACAAAAUUCUUCCUUCUUCCACACUUCAAAACUGUUGACAUGGUGGAAGUGUCGCAGAAAUUCCUUGACGCCUCUAAAGAAUACCUCGGUGAGGAGAAUGAGAAAAGAAUUGGAAAUCGGUUUUGUAUUGGCCUACAAGAUUUUACACCCCCCGAAGGUCGUUAUGAUGUCAUUUGGGUUCAAUGGGUGAUUGGCCACUUGACCAUUCCGGCCACAAUCGACUUCUUCCGUCGAUGCGUAAUAGGAUUGAGACCACCUUGCUCGAAGCAUUCUCGCAGAUCCAUAAUUGUGCUCAAAGAUAACGUGAUCUUAUCCGAUUCGCCAAAUUUCGAUGAGACUGAUAGCAGUUUUAUGCGAACACAUAAAGAACUGCUGGAGAUCUUUGAGUUGGCAGGUCUUAAGGUUCUGUUAGAUGAGCAACAACGUAUGCCAAAGGGAAUCUGUCCUAUUUUUGCCUUCGUACUUGUUCCUAAGUAA